CAUUUUCCGCUCGGCAGUACAGUCCUCCACCGGUAGGGGGCAGAGCGGCGCCUGAUGACGAAAAUAAUCUCCUCACCGGAAGAAGAAACCUCCAGCUAGGCCAGCCGCUGCAACUUAACAUAAACAUUGGCGCAUCUUUGGGGAUUUUGAAUCAUUUAAUUAAUUUGACCUUUUUUUCUCCACGUUUAUACUUAUAAAAUUGCCUCAUGAUGUAAACGAUAUUUUAAUAUUUAAUGCACAGUUUGGUUUGUUUGGACUMCGGAUCUACGAAAGGCCUGGAUGUUGCCCUGCUAACUAAUGCCGAUGAUUCAGCUGGAGAAACCAGUUUUGACUGGUACCAUGCCAGUGGUGUGGCCCACCAUCCUCGACUUGGGGAGGGACGAGUGUAAAAGAAUUCUCCGUAAGCUAGAGCUGGAGGCGUACGCGGGAGUGAUCAGUGCCCUGAGAGCCCAAGGAGACCUGACAAAGGAUAAGAAGGAUCUACUGGCAGACCUCACUAAAAUUCUCGGCAUCUCAACGGAGCGUCAUCGUGCAGAAGUCCGCAGGGCCGUCAACGAUGAGCGUCUCACCACCAUUGCAUAUCACAUGUCUGGUCCAAACAGCUCGUCUGAGUGGUCCAUCGAAGGACGCCGGCUUGUUCCUUUGAUGCCGAGGCUGGUCCCUCAGACGGCCUUCACGGCCACCGCCAACGCCGUGGCCAGCAUCACAGCCAAUCAGAACGCCUCGCUUCUGCUGCCAGCUGAAACAGGGAACAAAGAAGUCGUGGUGUGUUACUCCUAUACAAGCACCACCUCCACCUCCACCAGUGCCACGGCGUCGAGCGGGCUCGUAGGAGCAACAGUGAAGUCCCCCCGGCCUGCCAGCCCUUCGUCCAACGUGGUGGUGCUGCCCAGCGGGAGCACGGUCUACGUCAAGAGCGUCAGCUGUUCCGACGACGACGAAAAGCCUCGCAAACGAAGACGCACCAACUCGUCCAGCUCGUCUCCGGUGAUGCUGAAGGAAGUGCCCAAGGUGUCCCCGUCAGUGUCCAAGAACAUCACGGUGCCGGUGAGCGGCAGCCCCAAGAUGAGCAACAUCAUGCAGAGCAUCGCCAACUCCCUGCCCCCUCACCUGUCCCCUGUCAAGAUCACCUUCACCAAACCCGCCAUCCAGACCACCAGCGCCGCCACGCAGAAGGUGAUCAUUGUGACGACCUCUCCCAGCUCCGGCUUCGUGCCCAACAUCCUGUCCAAGUCUCACUCGCACAACAAUGCCGCCGCCAAGCUGGGCUCCACCUCCAUCCUGACCAUGCCCACCCAGAAACAGACGAUGGUCUUCCCAGCCAGCUCCUCCUCCAACACCAUCGCUGUGACCACGGUGGUCUCCUCCACGCCGUCGGUGGUCAUGUCGACCGUGGCGUCGUGUGCUGCUUCUGCCGGAGUGAAGGUGGCGUCGGCCAGACUGCCCUCACCAAAGACCCUGGUGGGCUCCCCCACUCAGAUCUUGGCUCAGUUCCCCAAACAGCAGUCCCCCAAACACCUGCAGCAGGGGUCAUCUUUAGGAGCCCCCAGCAUGACUCAGAGCCAGACCAGCACCAACCCUCCAGGAGCCAAACCCACCAUCCAGAUCAAGCAGGAGUCUGGAGUGAAGAUAAUCACUCAGCAGGUGCAGCCCAGUAAAAUCCUGCCCAAACCCUCCUCUGUGGCUCUAUCCAGCAGCAGCUCUUCGCCCAUCAUGGUGGUCAGCAGCAACGGCACCAUCAUGACCACCAAGCUGGUCACUCAGCCGACAGCCACCCAGGCCACGUACACCAGACCCACGGUUAGCCCCAACAUCGSCACCAGGAUCUCGGCCUCCAGCGGCGGCACCACCUACGUCAAAACCACCAGUGGCAGCAUCAUUACGGUGGUCCCCAAGUCUCUGGCCUCCCUCGGCGGGAAGAUCAUCAGCGGCAACAUCGGCUCCGGGACAACCACAAAGAUCACCACCAUCCCCAUGACGUCCAAACCCAACGUCAUCGUGGUGCAGAAAACAACCGGCAAAGGAGCCACCAUCCAGGGCCUGCCGGGGAAGAACGUGGUCACGACGUUAUUAAACGCCGGGGGUGAGAAGAGCCUGCAGGCGGUCCAGGGGACCAAACCGGCCAUCAUCACCACCACCAGACCCAUCACCAAAAUGAUCGUCACGCAGCCCAAAGGCCUGAGCUGCGGCUCCCAGUCCACCGCCACCAAAAUCAUCCCGACCAAGAUCGUCUACGGCCAGCAGGGCAAAACACAGGUUCUCAUCAAACCCAAACCAGUUUUCCAGACGGCGAUGGUAAGCGAACAGACCCGGCAGCUCGUCACAGAGACCCUGCAGCAGGUGACCCGCUCCGCAGAGGUCAGCCAGGGUCAGACCUUGGGCCCGGACGGAUCCAGGAAGGAUGAGACCGGCAGCCUGAUGGAGGCCUGCAGCCUAACAGGCGAGGCCUCCCAGAGCAGCACUCAGGAGGUGCCGACUGUAGUGCACGUGCUGUCCUCCAGAGAGCAGGAUUGGACAGAACAGGAAGUGGCCGUGGAGUCCAGCCCCACCAUAAUUUAUCAGGAGGUGUCUGGAGGGGAAUCCCAGUCUGCCACUUCCACCAUCAAAGCUCUGGUGGAGCUGCAGCAGACUUCAGUGAAGGAGAAGUCAGAGCCCAAACCCAAGCAGCACACCAUCGACCUGAGUCAGAUGGCGGUCCCCAUCCAGCUCCCACCGGAGAAGCCCGGUCCCCAGUCACCCAGACCGUCGACCUCRGAGGCCGAGCCCAGCGCCGAACCGGUCGCAGCAGGUAAAGGCGGCGGAGCAGCAGAGCCUUCGGCGGAAGAUGACGCCAUCACGCCAUGCAGCAGCCAGGUUACAGUGGCAACCAAACCCUCCGCCUCAGCUGCCCCCUCUGUGGCGGCGGCGUCUCACGCGGCAGCAGACGGGAAAACGGAGACAGUGAUGGAUGCUGCGGAGCUCGAGGGGGACACUCUGGACCCUCAGACGGGUUUGUUCUACAGAUCCAACCAGUCGGCACCAGCUCCACCCACAGCGACUCAGCAGCCUGCACCGAGCCGAUCUGAGGCCGAACAGAGCUCCGCCUCCACCCCGCAGGCCCCGCCCACGCCUCCGCAGCUGCAGAGCAAGCCUCAGCCUUCACCUUCCUCAUCCACUCCCCCUCUGACGAAAAAAGUCCUGAAACCACGAGAUCAGACCCCGCCCAGACCCCAGACUUUAACGCAGAGCCCCAAGGACCGACCUCCGACCGUGUCGGCUCAGGCCGCGCCGAAGGUCACGCCCCCCGGCGCAACGGCCAAGCUCUCGGUGACKCCGCAGCUCCCCAAGCUGCAGCACGCCCCCACCUCCCUCCACAGGCCGCUGCACACACCCAUGUCCCACCCCCCUCCUCUGCAGGCGCACCACCCUGUCAGCACAGAGAAGAUAGCCUCCAGCCAGCAGCCAAUCAUCACACAGAGUGCCACCGUCACAAAGAUUACCUUCGGCAGCUCGCACCAUCCGCCGCCCGUCUUCAGCAGCGGGGAGGCGGCCGCCAAGCUGAUCCCAGAGUCCAGCUCGGGACCCCCGGGGGACAAGCCGAGCGUGUCGGACAUCCUGAAGAUCUCCAUGAUGGAGGCGGAGAUCGACCCCUGCACCGAGCCCAUGGUGGUGGACUCCUCCAGCGACUGCAGCCCUCUGGGGAAAACCCUGGAGGUCCAGGCCGUGUCGGGGACGCUGGACUCGGGCCAGUUCAUCAGCAGCUCGGGGGCCGGCCUGAAGCCCCAGCAGUUCAGCUGCGUUCAGGGCCUCGCGGCGCAGAGGAACAAAGACGACCUGGAAGUCAUCGAGGUGAUCCCUCAGUUCUCCAUCCUGCCGGACUCCAGCCAGUCCAACGUGGUGGUGGAGCCCAGCGGCUUCCUGGAGAUCACCAACUACACCAGCCAGCAGCUGGAGGAGGACAGCCCCAUGGAGCAGGAGGUGGACAGCAGCAACGACGAGGCCGCCGCCUCCAGCCCCGCCAGGCGCCCGUAGUUCCCUCUGAACUUCUUUGUUUUCAACCGGAGGUUUUUAUUUUUCUCCCUCCAUGACUGUUUUUUUCUCCCCACAACUAAUGGCCCAUGUGGUUUUUAAUGGCCAAACCUGUGAGCGAGGUGAAAGGAUUCGUUUUAGUCCCAGACAGCUGGAAGGUAGCCUCUCCGAACACAAAACCUCCAACUCCCAGGACUUUGAGAGAGUUUAGAAACAGGAGGAUUUGGUUCCACUUCACAUUUCAGAUACUCUGUUAAUAUCGGUCCGGAGACAACGCCUCUCUUCAGAUUUACUGAGUUGUUUUUUUUUUUUCUGAGACCCGCCCUGAGUAACUUAAAAAAUAUAUAUCUGCCACCUUUUUCUGAAAAACGCUGCAAGUUUGUCUUUACAAAGUGUUAAAACUGAGCGUUUCUUCAAUACCUUUUUCAAAAUGGAAAACAUUUGAUCUGCACAGACUCUUGAGUGGAACAGGAUAGUUCACAGGAUGUAUUUUUAUUGGAUUCAACAACAAACGCUUUAAAAUAUUCUCUCUUUUCUCAUAAAAAGCGCAAAACUUGUA